UUCUGUUUUCUGCUACCGGAAAGAAGGGGGGGGGGGAACACGAGUCAUGUGCAUGUCUAUUGACCAAACUACCCUUCUCUCUCUCUCCCCAGCUAAUACAAAACCUCGUUCUACUUCCCUUGCUGGGUCUCUAUCUUUUCUUGCAAUGCAAGUGCCAUAUCAGAGUUCCUCAAGAAACUUCUAAGAACUUCUGCUCUUUUCUCCUUUUAUAUGUUUUUAUACAUUUCCUAAAACCCAUCUUCAUCAGCUCUUUCUUUGUUUUCUUUAAUUUGUUUUUGGUAUUUUUUUUGUAAAGUCGAACUGAAAAAUGGGUAUGGGAACAAGCAAUUUUGUGAUCAGAUGGAUCAACUUCCUUACUAUGCUUUUAGCUAUAGCUGUUGUAAUUUUUGGGGUAUGGAUGAGCACUCAUCAUGAUGAAUGCAGAAAAUCCCUUACUCUUCCAGUUUUAGGCCUUGGUGCUUUCAUUUUCGUAAUAUCCAUAAUCGGGUUUUGGGGGGCGUUGAAGAAAAACACCAUACUAUUGUGGAUUUAUUUGAUCUUGUUAUGCAUCAUUCUAGUGGCAAUCCUGGUAUUCACGGUGUUGGCGUUCAUCAUAACAAAUAAUGGAUCCGGUCACAAUGUGUCUGGCUUGAGAUACAAGGAGUAUCAACUUAAAGAGUAUAGUUCAUGGUUUCUAAAGCAGCUGAAUAAUAGCGAUAAUUGGAAGCGAUUGAAGAGUUGUCUCGUGAAAUCAGAGGACUGCAACAACUUAGCAAAACAAUUCAAGACUCUUAAGCAAUAUAAAAUGGCAAAACUAACACCAAUUGAAGCUGGUUGCUGCCGACCGCCAUCCGAAUGUGGUUAUCCUGUGGUCAAUGCUUCAUAUUACGACUUGAGCUUUCAUCCAGUUAGUUCCAAUAAGGACUGCAAGCUUUACAAAAACACUCGGGCCGUGAAAUGCUACAAUUGCGACUCUUGCAAGGCCGGUGUUGCACAAUACAUGAAAACUGAGUGGAGAGUUGUUGCAAUCUUUAACUUGGCAUUAUUCAUCGUCUUGUCAAUUAUAUACUUUGUGGGAUGUUGUGCAAGACGGAAUGCCGGCCAGACAAGGGUAUUCAAGGCUUGAAACACUACUGAAUUGUUGCCGGUUGAUUCGAUUAUCUUGAUUAUAGUUUCUCUGUCAGUAAAACCAACUGCCGUCGUAAAGAGCCACCUAAAACAAUCAGCUACAAAAGAAAAGACAAACCAGAAGCUCUAAAUGUUGCAGACAAGUAUGGGGAAGACGAGGAUUAAGGAAUCAUACGUUUAUUCAAGUACUUUAGCUAGCAAAUAAUUCCAAAUUUGUUACUUUGUUUUAAAUUUCUUAUUUUUGUUGGUUUUGAACCUUAUGGGGUUGAGUAUAUAUAUGCAUCCCUUAAUAAAGGGUUUUUUUUUUUU